UCCUGUUGGUCUACAGGACCGCCAUGAGGGGACCAGUGGUGCUGACUUCCUGUUGGUCUACAGGACUGCCAUGAGGGGACCAGUGGUGCUGACUUCCUGUUGGUCUACAGGACUGCCAUGAGGGGACCAGUGGUGCUGACUUCCUGUUGGUCUACAGGACUGCCAUGAGGGGACCAGUGGUGCUGACUUCCUGUUGGUCUACAGGACCGCCAUGAGGGGGCCACAUGGAGGAUGUUUUCCUAGCCCCAGACUGCGGACGUCCUUCAGAGGAAGACACCGAGCAGGCCGAGUGGGAGAUCGGAUCCCUGGACACCAGCAGAGGGCGCUCACCGUCGAGGGGGGCCAAGUCCAGACCAUGAGUUCACGCAGCACCGACGUUAAGGAGAACCGCAACUCGGACAACCUCUUCUCCAAAGAGGGGGUUGCAGCCGAGGCCGCCCGGCCCCCCUAUGGGGGAGCCGGGGGUGGGAGGAAGCGCCCCCUAGAGGAGGGCAACAAUGGGCACGCUCACUCCAAGUACAGGCCCAAGAAGCGUAAGAAGGUCCCCGGGCCGGUUCUGCCCAAGAACGCCCUGAUGCAGCUGAACGAGAUCAAGCCGGGCCUGCAGUACCGACUGCUCUCGCAGACCGGGCCGGUCCACGCGCCCGCCUUCGUGAUGACGGUGGAGGUCAACGGGCAGCUCUUUGAGGGUUGCGGUCCCACCAAGAAGAAGGCCAAGCUGAACGCGGCGGAGAAGGCCCUGCGCUCCUUCGUCCAGUUCCCCAACGCGUCCGAAGCCCACAUGGCCAUGGGCCGGACCCUGUCGGUCCACACGGACUUCACCUCGGACCAGGCGGACUUCCCGGACACGCUCUUCAACGGCUUUGAGACGUCCGGUCCUGGAGACGACCCGUUUUACCUGGCGCCCAACAGCAAUGGUUCCUUCGGCUCUCUGGGGGUAGAGUACCCGUUGAUACCCUCCCCUCUGCCCAACCCGGUCCAGGCCCCCUUGCCCCCGGUGCCCUCCACCUCCCUGUUUCCGACAGGCAACAAGAACCCAGUCAUGAUCCUCAAUGAGCUGCGGCCGGGCCUGAAGUACGACUUUGUGUCGGAGAGCGGGGAGAGCCACGCCAAGAACUUUGUGAUGUCGGUGUGGGCCGACGCCCAGAGCUUCCAGGGCUCCGGCCGGAACAAGAAGCUGGCCAAGGCCCGGGCGGCCCAGGCGGCGCUGUCCGCCCUGUUCAACAUGCAGCUGGAUCAGACCCCAUCCAUGCAGCCCAUCCCCAGUGAAGGACUGCAGCUCUACCUGCCGCAGGUCCUGGCGGACGCCGUCUCUCGCCUGGUCGUCGACAAGUUCAGCGAUCUGACGGACAGCUUCACAUCUCCGCACGCCAGACGAAAAGUAUUGGCAGGCGUCGUCAUGACGACAGGUGCCGAUGUGAAGGAGGCCCAGGUCAUCUGUAUGUCCACAGGAACAAAGUGCAUCAACGGUGAAUACAUGAGCGAUAGAGGUCUGGCCCUCAACGACUGCCACGCCGAGAUCCUGGCUCGCCGCUCGCUCAUCAGGUACCUGUACGCCCAGCUGGACCCUUUCCUCAGUAACCAGGAGGAGGAGCAGCAGAACUCCGUCUUCACCAGGUGUGACGACGGACACGGCUUCAGGCUGAAGGAACACAUCCAGUUCCACCUGUACAUCAGCACCUCCCCCUGUGGAGACGCCCGCAUCUUCUCUCCUCAUGAAGCCUGCAUGGAGGACCAGGGGGAUCGACACCCUAACAGGAAGGCCCGCGGCCAGCUGCGCACCAAGAUCGAGUCUGGUGAAGGAACCAUCCCGGUGCGUUCCAGCAACACCAUCCAGACCUGGGACGGGGUCCUGCAGGGCGAGAGGCUGCUCACCAUGUCCUGCAGUGACAAGAUAGCCAGGUGGAACGUGGUUGGGUUCCAAGGCUCUCUGAUGAGCUACUUCACCGAGGCCAUCUACUUCUCCAGCAUCAUCCUGGGCAGCCUGUACCACGCGGACCACCUCUCCAGAGCCAUGUACCAGAGAAUCACGGAGAUCGAGGACCUGCCUGCGUCCUUCGGCCUCAACAGACCGCUGCUCAGCGGAAUAAGCAACGCGGAGGCUCGGCAGCCCGGGAAGGCUCCCAACUUCAGCGUGAACUGGACGGUGGGCGACCAAAGCUUAGAGGUGGUGAACGCCACCACGGGGAAGGACGACCUGGGCCGACCCUCCAGGCUCUGCAAGCACGCCCUGUACAGCCGCUGGACGCGCCUGCACUGCAAGCUGACCUCCUCCCUGCGGAUCAGAGCUCCGCGGCCCGGCAGCUACCACGAGGCCAAGCAGGCGGCGGUGGAGUACCACGGGGCCAAGCAGGCGCUCUUCAGGGCGUUCCACAAGGCCGGGCUGGGCGCCUGGGUGAAGAAGCCCAACGAGCAGGACCAGUUCGCCCCCCCGGUCUGAGUCCUCUAUGGUGCUCCCUCCCUGGUGGACUAACUCCCCUCUGGCGGUCUGGGCCGGACCGAGGCUCCACAUCCGAUGUCAGUGCUCCUUCCUCUCAGCCAGCACAUCGCUCGUAUGAUUCAGUCGGUUAUGCAACUUUAUACAACGGACACGCGGAGAACAGACUCCAGGGAAAGGAAGCGUGU